AUGGAGAAUAGGAACAACGUGACCGAGUUUGUUCUCUUGGGGCUCACGCAGAAUCCAAAGUUGCAGAAGGUCGUAUCUGUUGUGUUUUUGGUCAUCUACAUCAUCUCUGUGGUAGGAAAUAUGUUCAUCAUGGUCACCAUCAUAGUCAGUCCAUUACGGAGUUCUCCCAUGUACUUUUUUCUGGCCUAUCUCUCCUUUAUUGAUGCUUGCUACUCCUCUGUGAAUACCCCUAAACUGAUCUUCGAUUCCCUCCGUGAAAGGAAGACCAUCCUGUUCAAUGGAUGCAUGACCCAAAUCUUUGGGGAACAUUUCUUAGGAAGUGCUGAGGCCAUCCUGCUCACUGUGAUGGCCUAUGACCGCUAUGUGGCCAUCUGCAAGCCCUUGCACUAUACAAGCAUCAUGAACUGGAGGGUAUGCAACCUCCUCAUCGUGGCUGCUUGGGCUGGUGGGGCCGUCCAUGCCUUUUCUCAGUUCUCUAUGAUAGUCAGUUUGCCCUUCUGUGGCUCCAAUGAAAUUGACCACUACUAUUGUGACAUUUUUCCUUUGUUGAAAGUUGCCUGUACUGAUACCUACAUCACUGGUGUCCUGGUGGUUGCCAAUUCAGGAAUGGUUGCCUUAGUAACCUUUGUUCUCUUGUUUGGGUCCUAUGUCAUUAUAUUACUCACCUUAAGAAACCACUCAGCUGAAGGAAGGCGCAAAGCCCUCUCUACCUGUGAGUCUCACAUCACUGUAGUUAUCUUAUUUUUUGGUCCUUCAAUCUUUGCCUACCUCAGACACCCUACCACUUUCCCUGAGGACAAAAUAUUUUCUCUCUUUUAUACCAUCAUUGCUCCUAUGUUCAAUCCCUUAAUCUACACUCUGAGAAACACAAAGAUGAAAAAGGUCAUGAGAAGGGUUUGGUACCAAAAGAUGUUUUCAGAAGAGAAUCAUAAUUAA